GUGACGCGUCUGUCGCCAUGGCAACGACUGACUACAAAUAUUACGGUUGUCAUUGACUUUGUUAUUCAUGUCAACAAACAGCAACGAUUGAGGUUUGGUUACGGUUCAUUAAUCGGAAAAUAUUGGUGAUUUCGUCACGAUGUCCUAUCGAGAUUUGAGAAAUUUCAGCGAAGCAAUGCGAGCGCUGGGCUUUCCCCGACCAAUAUCUUUGGAGAGCUUCAGAAUUCCGAACUGGGAGCUGGUGGAGGAGUGUCUGCGGUGGCUGGCGGCGCGGCUGGAGGGGGACGUGGCGCUGCCCGGCGGCCGGGAGACGCUGGAGCAGCGGCUGGCGCUGGUCACACGGGCCACCGCCUUAUUUCACUCGAGGGCGAACUUGAAGCUGAACGGCAAGAAGCUGUACGGCGCGGACGGGUGGGCGGUGCGCGAGCUGCUGAAAGUGGCGACGCUGCUGCGGGCCGCGCUGGAGGCGCCGGCGCCCGACGACGUGGGGGCGGAGCCGUCAGCACACUUGUAUGACGUCAGUAGCCGGUUGGGUGAGAUAAAACAGGCGCGGGCGCUGGCCACCGACAUUACGGCGCAGGGCGCCUUCCUCUACGACUUGCUGGCCAAGGAGCCUGAGAAUAAGGAGCACCGCGAGCAGGCUCUGUCCCGUCCACUGGACAUGUCAGCGAUGGAGUCCUGCCUCAGGCGCGCGCUGGACGCCGUCGCCGCCAAGGUGGCCGCGGGCCGCGAACAGAUCGACAACGUGGCUGCUAGUGAGGCGGCGCUGGACUCCAAGCUGGAGAGGCGUCGUGCGGAGCUGCAGCGGGCCGAGAAGAGGCUGCAUACCGUGCAGAAGAUCAAGCCGGCGUACCAGGGCGAGCUGACGGCUUUGGAGACGGAGAUAGAGCAGCUGUGGUCUGUGUACGUGCUACGAUACCGUUGCGUGGAGGCGCUGAAACACCAGCUCAGCAUGCUGGAAAGCGCCCAAGCCGAGGCGGCUGAAGAGCAGCAAGCGGCUAUAAUGCAGUUGAUUCACAAGUACGAGGCGGAGGACGUGCUGGGCAAGCUGAGCGACUCCGACGACAGCGACUCCAGUGAUGAGAAGCAGCUGAGUGAGCAGCAGCCGCGCCCCAGCACCCGGCCCAAGACGCGCCUGCGGAUCAAGACUGCUGGCGGGCCGGCGGCGGAGGCGCGGCGCGCGUUCGGCAGCAUGGCGGGCGCGGCGCGGGACUCGCUGGACGACAUCCGCGACGAGGACGACUCGCGCUCCGACUCGGACUUCUCCGACAGACAGAUCUACGGCGGCGGCGACAGCGUGUCCUCCCGCUGGUCGCGGCCGCGCCCGCGCCCCGCCACGCGCACACUGGCCGCCGCCGAUGACGAUGACUUCGCUGACCUCAUCGAGGGCGUGGAGGGUGGCGAGGGUGGUGACUCGCUGGGCAGCUCCUCGGAGAGCGAGCUGCGGCUGACGAGCGCCCGGCCCAGCGCCGCGCCCGGGCGGACCUCCGCGCUCAGCGACAACGAAUUCUAGGACCUAGACCACCGGUACCUAUCAUACUGACAUAGAUCAGGGGGGUUAAAAUGGCAACAUCGAAGCAAUUCAUCUAAGAAAGCAAUAUUGCUAUUCGACAUUUGUUUACAUUGUGCACUUACUUUUAUAUGCGUAAAUGUCAAAUUGCAAUAUUGCUUUCUUAGAUCGUAAUUGCUUCGAUGUGGCUAUUUUAACCUCCUAGAUAACUAAUAUAUCAUUUAUGUAAAUAUAUUGACUGUCGCGUGUAGAUUUUUCAAAGGUCAUCGAAUGCG